CCAUAAUCUCCGGCUUCAGCAUCCAUCUAUGUAGAAAAUCAAAAGAAAAGAAAAGAAAAGAAAACCUUUUGAUUCACGCAAUUUUCCUUAGCUUUUGCAUGGCAGUGAGGUUAUUGUCACAUGAGUUGUCUGACCUGUGUCUUGGGAAGCCAGCACUGAGGUCACUUUCUCUAACAUCCACCAUUGCAGAAGCACUCCAGGUCUUCAAAACCUCCGAUGAUAACUUCCUUAGUGUCUGGAGUUGUAACCACAAACCCAGAACCAGUCAAAAGACAUCUGAUUUUGAUGAUGAGUGUCGAUGUGUAGGCAAAAUUUGCAUCGUGGAUGUGAUUUGUUUUCUUUGCAGAUAUGAAAAUUUGGUGUCACCUUCUGUUGCUUUGGAGCAGCCUGUUUCUGCACUUUUGCCUAAGAUUCCAGCCCUUGUUUUGCAUGUGGAACCCUCUUGCAGCUUGUUGGAAGUCAUUGAUCUUAUGCUAGAAGGAGCUCAAAACCUUGUGGUGCCAAUCAAAACGAAGCUGAGCAACAAGAGACCAAAGCAGCAGCAGAAGCCUUCACUUACAGUCACUAAUCACAAAGGCUGUGAAUUCUGCUGGUUAACGCAAGAGGAUGUUAUCAGAUUCCUACUAAGCUCAAUUGGUUUAUUUUCACCGAUCCCAGCUUUUUCCAUCGACACACUUAACAUCAUAAGCCCCGAAACGCUCGCCGUCGAGUACCACUCGCCUGCCUCUGCCGCCGUUGGAGCCAUCUCUCGAGCUUUGGUGGAGCAAACCUCGGUGGCCGUCGUUGACAGCGAGGGAGCCUUGAUAGGCGAGAUUUCACCCUUCACCUUGGCCUGCUGUGACGAGACGGUAGCGGCAGCGGUCAUGACGUUGUCGUCCGGGGACCUAAUGGCUUACAUCGACUGCGGAGGUCCCCCGGAGGAGCUUGUCAAGGUUGUUUCUAGAAAGCUGAAGGAGAAAAACCUGAUGGGGAUGCUUCAACACUUCACUGUUUCAAUGUCCAGUGGUGGUUUCUCAUCUGCAUCCUCUUCGUCCGACGAGGAAUACUCGAUGACCGCUCCGGUUUCGCCGCUUCCGAGGCCCGGGAGGUUGAGCAGGUCGAUGAGUUAUUCGGCCAGGAUGGUGAGAAGAUCCGAGGCAAUCGUUUGCCAUCCCAAGAGCUCACUUGUUGCAGUGAUGAUCCAAGCCAUUGCUCAUAGGGUGAACUACGUUUGGGUCAUAGAGGAUGAUUGUCGCUUGGUUGGGAUUGUCACAUUUUCUGACAUGUUGAAAGUUCUCCGGGAGAAUUUUGAAACCAUGGCCUGAGAAUAUGACCAUCUUUUUGUUUCUAAUAAUUUUUGUUGAUGCUGACAGGCAGAGCUCAGCUGAGGCAGGCAGAGGAAAGAAUAAAGAAAUUUGAAAUAUUUGAUCAUUUUGUCCUUUUGCAAUUGUCAUGUGAGAUAAGGAGUUUUGGUAUAAUCAGA